AUGGAAGGUAAUUAUGAUACCAAUAAAAUGGAUGCGACUAGGUUUGACCUCAUUCUAUACAUGGUGAGACCUUUGACAAUUAUUGAAAAUUUGUUUGGUAAAUUCAGAUAUCGAAAGGUUGGUGGGAACAUAGAAAUAUUAAGUAGAAGAAUGAAGUUUUACGCUAUCUUUCUAGUGAGUUUGAUUGUGGCAGCAUAUUGCAUUAUUUUUGUUAAUGAUCUGCUACACAAAACUCAUAAUGGCAUCAACAAUAUUGUGGACAUAGUAGACGCAGUUAUCGCUCUAAUAAUGAUGAUACAACAUACUCUAUCAAUGGUAGUUUUCUUACAUUACACCAAGAAUAAUGUGAAUAUUAUAAAAUUGAUAGCUGUUAUAGAUGAUAAUCUAAAUAUUUCAAAGAAUAAACAAUUUUAUAAGGAUUCUCGUAGGCUCAUCCAAAUUGGAAUAUCAAUUUUUAUAUUUAUUUAUACACUAUUAGCAAUUUAUGAAUCGAAUGGAAAAUAUGUAUUGCUGAUUGAAAUAUUACUAGGAAUAGUUGAUUUUGAACGCCACCUCGAAGUAAUGGCUUUUUGUAUAUUUAUCAAAACAAUGAAAGACAGAUUGGUUAUUGUAAAUAAAAUUUUGGAACACGUCAUUAUUACAAAAAAUCGUGGGUAUACUUUGAAUAUUCCGGCAAAGACUUUAAAACAAAACGCUGUGUAUGCAGGAUGUACUAUAAAUGAAAGUUCUAUAAUUCGUACAUUAGCCAUAACUUACGAUUUGAUCGGUGAAGCGUGUGAUGAAAUUAACAAAGUUUUCAAAUUCCAUAUUUUCAAAGCACUUUUCACUACAUUUGUAUACAUCAUUAUGACUAUAUGGUCAGCAAUAUACUACAUACGAACGUCAGAAACUUCGGACUCUUUAUUUUUCUUUUUGUGUGUAUUUGAUAUCAUAUCUGUCGGUAUUAUGUCAUACACUUGUGAAGUUUUGCUUAUAAAGCGUAACUCUACUAAGAUCUUGGUAAACGAACUUAUUAUGGACUACGACCUUACCAGGCAAAUGCGAAUCCAGGCAAAAGCUUUUAUGGAGUUAAUCGAAGUGUGGCCAUUGCAGAUUUAUGCAUACGACAUGUUUGCUAUAGACAUAAAGUUAUUACUUAAAUUUAUAAGCGUGUCGACAACAUAUCUGAUAGUAAUCAUUCAAAUUUCGCAUUUUUUCUAA